CGACUUGGCAGCACGACAACUCUUUUAUCAACAGGACAGGAUGCUUGCACGGGCCCUCAUGGCUGCUCCAUCAGCGCUCUUCAGGAGUAGUAUGGCAUCCACUGCAUCACUACAAACGCUAGCAAGGACUCUCCCAACCUUCACACAUCAAAAUGCGCUCUUUGCGCAAAAUCAGCAGCAGGUACGGACAUUCAAGGUCCGCUCGGCAGUUAAGAAGUUGUGUCCUGCGUGUGCUAGUGUCAGGCGGAAGGGAAAAGUAUACAUCAUCUGCAAGGAAAAUAAAAAGCACAAGCAACGGCAGGGAUAGUUGUUUUCUAUGGCGCAAUGGAAUGAAGAACAGGCAUUCUGCGAGGUUCAGCUUGAUCAAGUUAUCAAGUUCUAUUUGAAGAAGCUCAGGUUGAAAGGAGGGAAUUAAACAGAGUGCAGAAAUGAAAGAGACAAAGGCCAGGAAAGGCGUACGAGCAGAUGACACGGAACUCUGCCGCACAAGCUUCCUCGACUCUACUUUGUGUCUCUUUUUGAGAAAGGCUUUUUUCAGGCGCGAAAAGCACGCCCUGCCAUAGAAAUAACCGCAAGAAUGAAAACAUCAAGAUGCCAUGACCACAUUUUCCUACUGUUGUUGUCCAUCUUGCUCCUCUUCCGCUCCAGGUGCUGCAUUUUCAACGUUGUGGAAGUCCAAGAUCUCGC